AUGCGACGGCAGGCGCCCCAUGUGCUCACCAUUCGAACUAGCCGAGCAUAUGUUGAGGAGCUGGAGAAGCGCGUUCAAGACAUGGAGAUGCAGCUACAAGACCGAACUCUAGAUGGCCCAAGGCCAGAAUUCGUAUCAGGAAACAAGAGGAACUCUCCCGACCCGUCUUCGGCAGCCGCUGGCACCAGUGACAGCGCUACUUUUCAACUUAGCGCAAUAGAGAGUCGGCCUUAUCUUACAUCACCUUCCCGGUCUCAGCCGGAGGAAGGUAAUGCUCAGCCGAAUGCGGACCGUGAAGCUAAUCAGGCUCCGUAUGUCAUUAACGCCGAGGGGACAAAGAUGCGAUUUUUUGGAGCAUCGUCUGGGUUCUCAAUAGCUUCAGCCCAAGACUUGAAUUCGCUAGAAGGCGAAAAACGAUCCGGAGGGUUGAUGGCUGCUUGUCAAAAAUCAGCAUCUAGAUGGCAAUUGUCCAGUUGGUAUCCUCGCAUUCUGCAAGGUGAUCCUGGGCAGCGCACUUUCCAGCAAUUACCUCCCAAAGCAACCACACUACAGCUGGUAGGCGAAUACUUUGGCAGCUUCAAUAGAAUGAUCCCACUGUUCGACGAGGCUACAUUUACGAGGCUAGUGGAUAAACAGUUCGGUUGGAAUCCCGAUGAAAACCCCUCGUGGUGGGCAUCCCUGAAUGUUGUGCUUGCAUCCGCGUACAGGGAAAGGGCACAAAAGCUACCUGAUGGAAGUGAGGAAUGGAAGAAGUCAAUGGGACACAUCAGGAAUGCCCUAAACGUGGUCAUAGAAUUCUUCAUGCGUGCCGCGGAUCUACUUGCUGUCCAAGCAAUGCUAGGACUUGCGCUCCUCUUCCAAAAUACACCAAACCCUCAGCCCCUCUUCAUGUUUGCCGCAGCGGCCAUGCGUCUUUCACAGUCGAUUGGGUUACAUCGCAACCAGACAUUGGGACUAUCUCCAUCUCACAUUGAGGAAAGGAGGAGAACAUUUUGGGUCGCAUUCAUUCUAGACGCGGAUAUCUCUCAUCGAACCGGGCGACCACCGGUGCAGGAUGUGAACGAUUUCGACACCCCGCUACCUUCGAAAUUCCCUCAUGACGGACUAGGAAUUGUAAAUGUCCGUGGGGUCCAUCUUGAUUACUUCCACCUGCUGGCGCGGUUUUCAUUAAUCCAACGACGACUACACGACCGUCUCUAUACCGCCAGCGUUCAGACAAAGACCACCCGGGAUCUGAUCCGAGAACUUAGGACAAGCGAGGAGGAUCUUCUCGAAUGGAGGGCAUGUUUUGGAAAGCACUACGAUUCGCAAAUGGCGUUCUCUAAUGCAUCUAAUUAUCAUCUUCAGCAUAUCCUAAGAUUGGACUUCGCCUACCAUUGCUGUUAUGCCAAGCUUUACCAACUCUGCAUUCUUGCUAGGCGAUCGAUGGCGCAAGCUGCACAAGGCUUAGAAGACUUCUCAGCUUUGGAUAAGGUAAUAAAUGAUAUCCUUGUGAGGUCUCUGGAAUGUGCGAGGUCUGCAGUUCGUCUCAUAGAACAUGUUAGUGUAUUUGGGCCUUGCUUCGUAUGGGGCGUUAUUUACUUCCCUGCCGCUGCAUCAAUGACCUUGUUAUCGAAUCUACUAACGAACACCUCUCAUCAACACGCUAUGUCUGAUCUGGCCAUGGCUCAAGAAACAAUAAACCUGCUCUCUAAAGUUUCAUCUGAAGAGCCAGGCACAUAUGUUGAUUAUAUACUCGAACUGUGCUCAGAGCUAAAGGGUGCAGCCAAGAAGGCUGUAAGCCGAGCCGAUCAAAACAACUCCCAGCGAUCGAUGGGGCAUCUCAACAACACUCAGCCUUCUACAAACGAGACCGAGGAUCCAGCAAGCGGACUUGCUGUACCUCCUCAUCCAGGCUUCAUUGCAUCCCAACCCGGGGAGGUUAGUUCUAUUCUACAACAUUAUGACAUGCCCGUGGUUGAUCCAACUUUUGACUUGGCCAUGAAUUUUCAAUGGCCUGUUGCUCCUUUCUGGAAUUGGGGCGACAUGGUGACUGGCACAUCUGAUGAGGGGAUAGACAAUGGACAAUUAUUAUAG